CUUUCUCAAACUCGAACCGGUCAAAAAUCGCAGAUGUUGUCAUUGUACUACUAUCGCAGAUCGUGUUUUCCAUAGACUACCUUACGCUUCCGGUGAAAGAAUGGAACAGUCAUCGCGCUACUCCCUUCGAUAGAUCCACGAGACUUGCCAGGUAAUCUAGAAUAUCCUGGUUGAUACCCUGAUGGGAAUUGCCCCCUAGUCGCAGUGCCUCAAUCGCAGGAUAUUCACUCACUACCACAAGGUAGCAAACUCCCCGUUCACGGAGCUAUAUAUACAAACCCUCUUCUCCCACCGCCACAUACCCGCUCUCACCAUUCAAAUUACGCGCAACCGACAACCAACUUUAUAUGUCCGAACUCAACCCACGCACUUUCGCCGCGAUGUCGAAGUUGACCACCAAAUACGGCCGCACCGGCACACCGGAAGAAUGGCGCAACAACGACCAAGAGCAUACGCCCUACCGCAAGUCCGUCGGAUCGACCGUUAACUACUCCCGUGACCUCACUAUCGACCCCGAACUCGCUGCUAGGGUGAAGAAGUACGUGGUGGAGAAGUGGUGGGCGGAUUUGUGUCGUAGUGCAAAUCAGGAGUGCUUCUGGGAUGGCUUGUUUGAAAAGCAGUGGUUUGAUGAUAACGGUGUGCUUGAUGUGAAGGAGCCGGCUUUUCGGAAGAUCGUGCAGUCGCUGGGAAUCGUGUACAUGCAUAUUGCCAAGAACUUCGGAGAGGAGACCAUGGGCGGAUGGAAGCUCCGCUGGGCCAUGGACAAGAACGGUGAAGCGUUCAUCCAUGUCGUAAAUGCAGACCUCGACAGGGGCUUUGGCAUGGGCCAGCCAACUUCCGGAUUUCUCGACUACGCGAGCGAGCUGGCUGCCUUACGGAAGCAGCGCGAUGCCGGGGAGUAUCUGACAAUCCCGAAGGACAAGAAGUUCUACUUCGACCAGCCCACCCCCAAGCCUGAGAUGAAAGGCGAGGGCAAGCAACCCCUCAAGGACGUCACCAACACACCAUCCUCAGGCAUGGCCGAAAUCCCAGUCACACCAGCAAAGAAGACACUCCCAAAGGCAGAAGAAUCCCAGCUUGACAACGAGGAGUGGACCAUCAUCGACGACAAUGGCACUGACGGCAGCAUAUGGGACGAAGCCAAGAAGAAAGGUCCACAGAAUGACGGCUAUGCCUAUGAUGUCAAGGACGCAAAGCCGGCCCGGAAAGGCUGGUUCUGGUCGCGAUAAGGGUGAGGUAGGAGUAUCUUUGAUGGGGUGAAGGCUUGCGAUCGUGUGGCGUGGUUCUUUGUGGAGGCCUUUCGAAGCCAUGGUAGAGUGCAUCAACACUGCACUAUUUCAUCCUUAUAUGGGGAGUCGAUUGCGUUGUGCUUCAGGCGCUGGAGUGUUCCAUGGGUACUUUCUCGGUUCAUGCGGAUGCUGGAACGACAGUUAUGAACCGCAUGUGGGCGCCUUACACCAGUCUUAUAUUCGAUA